AUGCUUCCAGCAAAUACCCACAACUCCGCUGGUGUGUUAUCCACCAUGCGGUCGAGGACAGGAGAACAUAUCCAUGCCAUUACAUCCAGCCGAUCUGAAAUUCGUAGUAUCGAACAUGUCGAUGACGAGGUUGAACUUUUGGCUCAAAUUGGAUAUAAGCAAGAGUUGAACAGAAACUAUUCCACAAUCCAGGUGUUUGGAAUUGCAUUCUCGAUUAUGGGGUUGCUUCCAUCGAUUGCAAGUACUAUGGCUACUGGGUAUGAAGCCGGGCCUGUUGGUUUGGUAUGGGGUUGGAUUGUGAGUUCGUUGUUCAUUUUAUGCGUGGGAACCUCAAUGUCAGUAUUGGCUUCGCUGCUUCCUACUUCCGGUGGAUUGUACUACUGGACUAAUUAUUACUGCCCUGACAGCUUUAGAGUUCCAUUGAGUUUCAUGGUGGGAUGCUCCAAUACGCUCGCUCUCUGUGGAGGAUUCUGCCUGAUCAAUUCUGGUUUUGCAACUGAGGUUCUUUCAGCUGUCUUUAUCAGUAAAGAUGGUGAUUUUUCAAUCACUAAUGCAAAGAAUUAUGGGGUUUUCGCUGGUUGCACAGUUUCUCACGUUGUUUUGUGCUCUAUUGCCAGCAGACAUACGGCGUUCUUACAAGCGUUUUCCAUCUAUGCUAAUGUGUUUUUGAUCAUUUUGUUCUUCAUUGCUGUUCCUAUUGGUGCCUCCAAGCACGGAUUCAAUGAUGGUCUGUUCAUCUUUGGUCAACUUGAAAAUAAUCUCACUUGGACCACUGGCUGGUCAUUUAUGCUUUCUUGGAUGCCAGCAAUUUGGACCAUUGGUGCGUUCGACUCAUGCGUGCACAUGUCGGAAGAAGCCAAAUCGAAAAAAUCCAUUCCAAUUGGUAUUAUAGGUUCCAUUAGUGUGUGUGGUAUUCUUGGAUGGUUCAUUUGUAUCUGUGCCACGGCAUGUAUCAAGAACGGUGAUGUUGCCGCAGUUAUGGAGUCCAGUACGGGGCUGGCCAUGGCUUAA